UCUUCUCCCUCGAGAAUCGAGCGCUUGACCGCCUUGCCUCAAAGCGCCAAACAGUGAGAGAGAGAAGAAAACCCUAGGAGAGCGCCAGAGCUACGCAGCGAAUUUGCUCAAUGCAGGCGCCGAUUCGAGGGUGUAAGCAAGGAAUCGAGCUCAUUCGAUUGGGAUAGUUUGAGGUGAUUUGCUGGAUCGAGUAAGCGCAUCAUUCUUUUCUUCGUGAUUUUCGCAGUAGGGGGAUUUCUCGUUGAUUUGAAGAGGGAUUGACAAUAUCUUGACGAUCAAGAAUCCAGACGAGGCGAUCGGGAUAGUUUGAGUAGGGAAGCAUGGCCGAGCUGGGCCCUGUCCACAAGUAUGCGGCAGGCGCGUUGUUUUCGCUUGCUUUGAACCAGGCACAAAGCCAUCAGCGAAGCUUGCCACCAAGAGUAAACGAUGAUGAAAAUGCUAUUGCCGAAGGUAGCCAGGAAGAGGAGACGCCAUGGAGCAGUGAGGAGUUUGGACUCGCGCAGCACGUUUUCCGAUACUUGGAUAUCGAGAAGAAGUCGUGGAUGGGUUUGGAAACGACCGCUAUUUCUCCCGACGCUAAACACCAUAUAGGUGCUUUUCUGAGGCUCCUGUCCGAGGAAGAUGUGCCAACCACGUCAGAAACUUUGCCCGAAGACGACCUGGCCAAAGCCAUAGAUGCGAUGAGCCUGAAACUUGAAGAGUCUUCUUCAACUUCUCCAACGCGGAACGCGAAUCCUCCGUCUAGAGACAGCGAAAGCUCGUCAGCACCACUCUCGGAUCAGAGGUGUUCCAUUUCACAGGAGAUAGACAGUUCGGUGCUUACGAGGCAAAGGAAAGUGGCCGUCCUCUACGAACUUCUUGUUGCUUGUGUUGCUGAUGCAUCAGACGAGAAGAAAGCAUUCAGAGGUGGCUACGAUUCUCGAUACAGAGUCACAUUACGACUCUUGGCCACAUGGUUUGACGUAAAAUGGUCGAAAAUGGCUGCUAUGGAGGUUAUGGUGGCAUGCAUGGCGAUGGCUGCACGUAAAGAGCAGAGCACAGCAGAAGCAGAAGCUGAAAAGAGCAAAUGGUCCAAGUGGAAGCGUGGAAGUCUCAUAGGCGCAGCAGCAGUGACGGGAGGGACGUUGCUAGCAAUUACUGGGGGUCUAGCGGCUCCGGCAAUUGCAGCUGGUUUAGCCGCUUUAGCUCCGGCAGCUGGAACGGUUGUUCCUAUCAUUGGAGCAAGUGGUUUCGCAGCAGCUGCUGCUGCAACUGGAACGGCUGCUGGCUCAGUUGCAAUCGCGGCGUCAUUUGGAGCUGCUGGUGCUGGUUUAACGGGAUCCAAAAUGGCUAGAAGAAUUGGUGAUGUUGACGAGUUUGGUUUUGAGGCUAUUGGAGACAACCAUAAUCAAGGAAGACUGGCGGUUGCUAUUGUCAUAUCUGGGAUCAUUUUUGAGGAAGAUGACUUCACCAGGCCAUGGAUAUUUCCAGACGCAGAUCUUGAAAGGUACUCUUUACGCUGGGAAACGAAGAUUUUAAUGGCUGUGAGCUCUGCUAUUCAAGAUUGGCUGACCACAGCGGUUGCAAAGGAGUUGAUGAAACGAGGAGCGAUGAUGACCGUUUUGAGUGGCCUACUUGCAGCACUAGCAUGGCCUUCUGCUUUGCUGUCUGCUACAGACUUCAUCGACAGUAGAUGGACCAUCGCCGUUGACAGGUUCGAAGUUCUAUUACGAACUGGCAUAAUCCGUGAUGUUCUAGAUCUGACAAGGCUGGAGAAAUUCUUGCGAAUUGUCUGCUCAGCGGACUCCAUGGCAGCAGGUAACUUUGUUCUUCUCGGCGCUUGCCUUUCUGGUAUUAUGCCGCUUGUUCACAGGCCUGUAACGCUCUUGGGAUUCUCCUUAGGAGCUCGAGUGAUUUUCUCGUGUUUGGAGCACUUGGCAAAGAAAGGAAAUGGUAUGCUUUUAUUUACCUGGCGAGAGCUCAUGAUUCUCGUUACAGGUGGCAUUGUAGAAAGAGUGGUGUUAUUGGGAGCUCCUCUUUCUCUUGAUAGAAAGCGGUGGAUGAAUGCUCGUAAGAUUGUGGCUGGUAGAUUUGUGAACUGCUAUUCAUCUAACGACUGGAUCUUGGGAGUCAUAUACCGUGCAAGCAUUUUGUCCCAAGGCCUUGCCGGGAUACAACCAGUUGCUCUCCCAGGGAUAGAAAACGUCAAUGUAACGCAUCUGAUCACCGGCCACUCCUCCUACCUCUCAAAGAUCCCAGAGAUUCUAGAGACGAUUCAUCUGGACAAUUACUUCCCAGUCUUCUUCUAGGACAAAAGAAAUAUGAACAC